UGACGUAGCGAAAACUGAUACAAAGCCUAGGGAGGUAUUGUCAGUGGCAUUGGAGUUAGAGUUGUAGUCGGAAUGGCUAACUUAAACUUAGAUAUUUUUGACCAUUUUCUACCAGCGUUUUUACUAAUUUUAUUCUGUAUAUUUGGGCUUUCUGCUGGGACGGAACUGAGCUUUGUAACAUGCGGUUCAGUCAUUAAACUAUUGAACACAAGGCACAACGUAAGACUGCACUCUCACGAUGUUCGCUACGGAUCCGGUAGCGGCCAGCAGUCUGUAACAGGUGUCUCUGUGGUGGAGGACAGUAACAGUUACUGGAGCAUCCGUGGGACCAGAGACAGUUUGUGUCAUCGGGGGUCACCAGUGACGUGCGGACAGACGAUUCGCCUCACUCAUGUCAACACCGGCCGCAAUCUACACAGCCAUUACUUUGCCUCUCCGUUGUCUUCUAACCAGGAGGUGAGCGCGUUCGGUGAGGAAGGAGAAGGAGACCACCUGGACGAGUGGACGGUUGAGUGUGGAGGAUCUGUGUGGAGGCGCGAGGAGGCCGUUCGCUUCCGUCACAAAGCCACCGACAUGCUCCUGUCUGUGACGGGGGAGCAGUACGGACGGCCGAUCCACGGUCAGACGGAGGUUCAUGCCAUGCAGAGUGCCAGUCAGCACAGCCUGUGGAAAGCCAUGGAGGGCAUUUUCAUUAAGCCCAGUGAGAGCCCGGCAGGCAGCCGAGACUACGGCCACGCCCACACGGAGUUCUGAACUUCACCUUUCUGUUUUUGCGUCGGUCUGUUGUCCGGUCUGUCCAUAUCCACCAUAAAAUCUGAACCAGCACCUUCUUUCCCCUAAAAAUGUCUCAUCUUUAUAUUCACAGGAGAUGUAUCAUCAAAGAUGCAGCAACUGCUCUGAGAUUGUAUUAAAAUCCUCUUUAUUUAGGUCUGUGGCACUAAAAAAACAAGUAAACCGGGUUCUUUACCACAGAUCAGAAAGCAGAUAAACACACUCACCAAGUGAAUUCUGUCUAAGAUAUCCUGUUACACCUGUGCCUAUAAAAACCUGUAAAAAGUUAUGGGUGUUUACAUCACUAAGCUUUUGUAAACAGGGUUUUUUACUAUCAUUUUGCUCUUUUUAAAAUUAUAUUUUUAAGCCAUAUUAAACAAAGAGUUCAGCAGUAUUAAAAUUAUAUUUUCUUUGUUUCCAUGUUGCAUCUAAGUUAUUCUGCACUGAUUUCCAUAAAAGAACAAGCAGCAGUGUUGUGUCUGUGAAUUAGAGGAUCCCCUAACUGGAUGCCGUUUAUUAACUGUGUUUGGUGGUUUAUUGUUUAGUCUGUGCAGAGUUUUACACUCAAAUUGUUUUGUGAGAGCAAAUGUGCUCCAAAGUUUCACACAAGCAUAAAACUCCUCACAUUAAAGAGUGUUUUCAUGCAUAAACACCA